AGCACUGUCAGUUGCUUUGUUGUGCGUAGAAACUGGUUACAAUUUUCCACUGGCAUACGUGCUCUUUAUUUACAAAAUUGUGAAACAAAUAUUGGGCCCCUGUUUUCCGAGUUCCGGAUCGUCGCGCCAAGUUCUAAGUGCUGAUCGAGCCGUACGCGAUCAGACAAAAUGCCAAACCAUACCACCGUUUGCAGCAAUUGCAGCAGUAUCGGCUUAUAUUUGUGCUAGAUCUCAACUUCCGACCCAUAACACGACGCAUAUCACAGUGGAAAAAGUGCUUGCGUACAUAGGUGGCAAACGCAGAUUGGGAUUCUGUGUGUGAAAAUCAAUUCCCUUCUUACUGCCGAUUGAUUUUUCGUUCGUUUACUUUCGAACCUGCCUUGUCUCCCUUUGCUGCCAAAACGGUUCAAAGAGUGGUUAUUUGCCCUGCCUGCUAAUAGUGUGCCACACAUUCCUGUUGCUCUAGUUCCUCAUACAACCCCACCCCCUGCUUUUUCACUGCUGUUGUCCCUACCGUACGUAAAUAACAACACAAACAUACAGCGACACACCAAGCACCAAGUGUGUCGAUAUGGCAGAUAAAAGUCCUAGUGAUGAAUCGGUCUGCACGGAUGCACCGAGUAGUCCAUCGAAGGGAAAGAACGCAGAUGCACCGACAAGUCCAACGGGAAGCACUGCAUCGGCCAGCUCGUCCAGUUGGUGGGGCUCGUGGAUAGACACGGCACGUACAAAGUCUGCAUCGGUUCUGGAAGCGGUUAAAAAUGAUUUGACAGAGCUAUCGACGGUCGUUAAGACGGAAGCAUCGAGCGCUACCGAAGCACUCGGCCGUACACUUAACCUGGGCGAACCGGACUCGGCCGUCGGUGCGAUGAAGAAAAGCUUCAGCAGCUUCCUGGGUCAAGUGACCGAAGCGCUUGUGCCCACGCUCGAAGAGGAUGAAGAAACCGAAGCCGUACUGAUAACGGCCGACGGUACGCUUACGCUGACCGGUUUCUACAAGCACCUGGCAGAGAUGCAGGCAAACAAUGAUACCUAUCUGGAGGAGCCGGCUGAUGAGCUGCGCGAAAAAUACAAGCGCUGGAUGGAGGUUGUCGAGCAGGAACAGUUUACUGAGCCACGGCUAGCGAAGCAUCUGGCGAGCAGUACGAUACUGAACGAGAAAUAUGUCACACUGGUGCCUGCCAAAGUUGCUCACAUGAAUUUCUGGAAGCGAUAUCUCUUUAAAAAAGCCCUGCUGGAGGAUGCAAUUGCGAAUGCAGAAAUGGCGGAACGGAAGGCGAAAGCUGCACUAAAUUCUACCGAAACGUGUGCACCAAACAAAACGAUCGUGCAAACCGAUCAACCUAGACGAACGAUCGAAGAAGCAACUGAACCGGAAGAAACAUCUUCAUACCCAAUUGGUGACGAUCUUGCUUGGGCGGAAGUGCCUGAAUUCGACGCAACGAACAUUGAGCUAUCGGAGGAAGAGCAGGCCCGAUUGCUGGAGGAAUACGAGCAGGAAAUACGGGAACGCGAAAAAUCCCUAACGACCAGUGUCGGCAAACUCGACAUCGUUGACGAAUCGUUGCUGGUGCAAUCCGACAUCGAAGGCACACCGCAGAAAACACCGAAAGCAUCCGCCCAAGCGGUGGCCGAUCCUAAAGGAAAAGCCACAUCGUCCACGGCACCGGGAACGAAGAAGGAACCGAAAGGAUCAAGCAACCAAAAAGCAAACACACCGCAGCCAAACAAAGCCGCUACCCAGCAGCAACAGGGCGGUAAGGCAUCGAACGGUAAGAAUGUAAAUAACAAAAAUCAGCAACAACAGCAACAGACGGGUAAGAAAGGCGCACAACAGCAAACGGCUGGUGGUAAAAAGAAGGAUCAGCUCAAGAUGGACAAAAAUCACUUCUCGAAGGAAGCGGAAGCGUCGUCCUCCAACUCGGACGAAAGCUGGGAGAAGGAGUUCGAACUGGAAUGAGGCGAACCGAUCGAUCUGCGCCGCGAGUUGUCCGAGUGCGCCGAUUGGUCAUCCUUACGUUUACCCUAAUUUCCGGCUUAUUGACCUCAACGCAACCUCUCUCUCUCUCACACACACUCUCCCAAUUACGGUUUGAUGCUAACUAUGAUUGAUGUGAUGUCACAUGAAAGCUGGAAGUGGAAGUAUGUAUGGAAUAACUUUCGGACGGGGAUCCUUUUUUUAUACAACGGACCCGUUCUAUUCCGGUAUGAUUACGAUUCCCAAUUUACGCUCCCCAUAUGGCCAUAUAGGGUGGGUGGGUUUACAAGCGUGCUGACCAGCAGAACAGAAUGUGCCCGACUAGGCCCAACAGUUGGCAAACGGUAGAAAAGAGGGCGCGAAACGUGCAACAUAUAAUGUAAUCGUUUGAUUUAUUUUAUUAGUUUAUAUUGUUAGCCUAUUAGUUAAGCUACUCCUCGUGUUUUUCUAGUGCAUAUGCAACUUCG